UUAAAAGGGAAUAAUGGUUAGAGAGUUGUUCUAUGAUCUGGUAAGGAAGAGAAAAUGGAGAAACCAGUGUGGUGGUGUCUGGUUUUGACAUGUGUUUUGGUUCCUCUAGCAGGUGCUGCUGCUGAUUGGAAUAUACUGAAGCUGAAGACACAUGAUGGAUUGAAGAUCAGCUUGAAGAAUUACUGUGAGAGUUGGAGGAUGAAUGUGGAACUGCACAACAUAAGGGAUUUCCAAGUUGUGCCUGAAGAGUGCAUUGAGUACAUUGGGAAAUAUGUCACUUCCACACAGUACAAAGUGGAUUCACAGAGAGCAACUGAAGAGUGCUUGGUUUAUCUCAGCACAAGCUGCAAUCUGAAGAAAGAUGGGUUGGAUGCUUGGAUUUUUGACAUUGAUGAUACCUUGCUUUCAACCGUUCCUUACUACAAGGAUAAUCUAUAUGGGGGAAGGAAACUGAAUGAGACAUCUCUAGAAGACUGGAUGAAAAAGGGUAAUGCACCUGCUCUUGAUCACUCAUUGAAGCUCUACGAUGAACUUAAAUCCAGGGGUGUGCAAAUCCUUUUGGUUACUUCAAGGAAGGAACAUCUGAGAUCAGCCACAAUUGACAACCUUGUAAAAGUUGGUUACUAUGGUUGGACUAAAAUUAUCUUUAGAGAUGCUGCAAAUGAACUGGUAUCAGUGCAGAAGUAUAAAUCUGAUGUGAGAAAGCAAAUAAUAAAUGAUGGUUAUCGCAUCUGGGGCAUUCUCGGGGACCAAUACAGUAGCAUUGAAGGGAUUCCAAACCCUAGAAGAGCAUUUAAACUCCCAAAUCCAAUGUACUAUGUUGCCUGAUGUGUAAUUGUAUUGUUUCUUUUUCGUGUACAACUUUUAUUGAAAAAGUACUUCGUUCCAAACAAUGAUUAAGAUCAAUUUCUUUUGUAUUUUGAUUUAAAUAAUACAAAUGAAUCUCUCAUUUCACUAA